AUGGGCGAAUCAAACGGAACAGAACAGCAGGAAAGUUCCUUUCCUUCGGGAACUAUUGCGAAGCUGACAUGUGACAUUCUCAACAACACGUUCUAUAACAUUAUCCACGACAUAGUGUCAAAAGUCCACCGGGAUGAAAAGGUCGCUCGAAUGCGUUCUGCUGUCACAAUCGCCAGGCAGAAAGCUGAAGAGGAAGCUGGCAGGCGCCGAGAAGAAGCAGGUGCCAAACCCACUGCGUUAAAGCCGGGCGAAGAUUUUGAAGAGCUCAAGGACAUCCGUGUUGAGACAGAUGGGGCCAUUUUUGAAGAUGGGAAGGUUUAUCUCAAGGGAAACCCACUUAAUACCACGAAAGAAAUAAUCUGUCCCGACUGCCGAUUGCCUCGUCUACUUUAUCCUGUGACUGGGGUCGGAGCCCGGCCCCCUCCGGAUCCAUAUCGAGAAUAUUGUCAAAAGCAACCGAUGAUCAGCAAACCAGGGCAUGACGUUCAUGGGAAUCCGUUCGCUACAGACAAACUAAACCCCAAGAAGAAGAAACAGACAAACACUUCAAAUACACCAGCGUCAAGCCCGCCUACAACGCCGGACAGCUCCUUUAAGCAAGCGGCUCCAGAGAAAGUAUCGUUUCCGACGGUCAAGUGCCCGAAUUGCCCAAGGUACUUUGUUGUAACGCGAGUGGCGCAACACUUGGACCGAUGUCUCGGUCUAUCAGGCCGACAAGUCAACCGAAACAAAACGCCCAUGGAAAACGGUACCAGCACUCCUAGUUCUGCGCCACCCAAACGUCCAUUAGACGAUGACACUCCGCCAACGAUAACGAAGAAAAAGAAACUCGGUGCUCCCAAAAAGCUGUCAGGGAAAAAGCCGCCACCGGCUCCCAGUAGCAAACUCAAGAAUGGUGUGACGCCUGACAUGGCGGCUGCCGCGGACGCUGCAGCCGCUGGUGAUGGCGAUAUAAAGAGCGAACCGAAUGGCGACGCAUAG